AACAGGAAAAGGUUGACUACGUCGACGUGUCAGCUAAGGAAGUGUAGCUGCUGCCUUCCAGCAAGCAAACACAUCCAACUUGGAAGGUCUAAAGCGCUUUGCGCUUUGAAAUACAGACAAGUUAACGUUCUUGAAAUAUUACUGGAUUUAUUCAACUGUAAUAAAGUAUCAGAGUUGUUAUUCUCGAGAGGGUAGCAACAGUGUAGGGAAAAUGUUAACCAAAUUUGAGACGAAGUCGGCCCGUGUAAAAGGGUUGAGUUUUCAUCCCAAAAGACCAUGGAUUCUUGCCAGCUUGCACAACGGAGUCAUCCAAUUGUGGGAUUACCGCAUGUGCACCUUGAUUGAUAAAUUCGACGAGCAUGACGGUCCUGUCAGGGGUAUUGACUUUCACAAGCAGCAGCCUUUGUUUGUUUCUGGUGGAGAUGACUACAAAAUCAAGGUAUGGAACUACAAGCUGAGGAGGUGCCUAUUCACACUGCUUGGACAUUUGGACUACAUUCGCACAACCUUUUUCCACCAUGAAUAUCCUUGGAUUUUGAGUGCAUCUGAUGACCAAACCAUUCGCAUCUGGAACUGGCAGUCGCGUACUUGUGUCUGUGUGUUGACUGGCCAUAACCACUACGUGAUGUGUGCCCAGUUCCACCCUUCAGAGGACCUGGUGGUGUCAGCCAGCCUUGAUCAGACUGUGCGCGUGUGGGAUAUCUCUGGUUUGAGGAAGAAGAACCUGUCUCCAGGUGCACUGGAGACGGAGGUGCGCGGCCUCACAGGUGUGGACCUGUUUGGGGCAUCUGAUGCUGUGGUGAAGCACGUGCUAGAGGGUCACGACCGUGGGGUGAACUGGGCAGCUUUCCAUCCCAGCAUGCCCCUGAUCGUGUCUGGAGCUGAUGACCGCCAGGUCAAGAUCUGGAGGAUGAACGAGUCCAAGGCGUGGGAGCUGGACACCUGCAGGGGACACUACAACAACGUGUCCUGCGCCGUCUUCCACCCGCGUCAGGAGCUCAUCCUGUCCAACUCGGAGGACAAGAGCAUCCGUGUGUGGGACAUGUCCAAGAGGACCGGCGUGCAGACCUUCCGCAGGGACCACGACCGCUUCUGGGUGCUGGGCGCUCAUCCCAACCUCAACCUCUUUGCCGCAGGCCAUGACAGUGGUAUGCUGGUGUUCAAGCUGGAGAGGGAGAGGCCAGCCUACGCUGUGUAUGGCAACAUGCUCUACUACGUGAAGGAUCGCUUCCUGCGGCAGCUGGACUUCAACAGCAGCAAGGACACUGCAGUCAUGCAGCUGCGCAGUGGUUCCAAGUUCCCGGUGUUCAGCAUGUCUUACAAUCCAGCUGAAAAUGCCGUUCUGCUCUGCGCUAGAGCCACCAACCUGGAGAACAGCACAUACGAUCUGUACUCAAUUCCACGCGAGAGCGACUCCCAGAACCCUGAUGCCCCUGAAGGCAAGAGAUCAUCUGGUCUAACUGCCGUCUGGGUGGCCAGAAACAGAUUUGCUGUUCUGGACCGUAUGCACUCGCUGCUGAUCAAGAACCUGAAGAACGAGAUCGUGAAGAAGGUGCAGGUUCCGAGCUGCGAGGAGAUCUUCUACGCCGGAACCGGCUCUCUGCUGCUGCGGGACGCCGACGGAGUCACGCUGUUCGACGUGCAGCAGAAGCGCUCGCUCGCCACCGUGAAGAUCGCCAAGGUCAAGUACGUGGUGUGGAGCACGGACACCAGCCACGUCGCCCUGCUGGCUAAACACGCCAUCAUGAUCUGCAACAGGAAGCUGGAGAGCCUGUGCAACAUCCACGAGAACAUCCGGGUGAAGAGCGGCGCCUGGGACGAGAGCGGAGUCUUCAUCUACACCACCUCCAACCACAUCAAAUACGCCCUCACCUCCGGCGAUCACGGCAUCAUCCGCACGUUGGACCUGCCCAUCUACGUGACGCGGGUGCGAGGUAACAGCGUGUACUGCCUGGACCGCGAGUGUCGCCCACGUGUGCUCAACAUCGACCCCACCGAAUAUCGCUUCAAACUGGCCCUGGUCAGCCGCAAAUACGAGGAGGUGUUGCACAUGGUGCGUAAUGCCAAACUGGUGGGCCAGUCCAUCAUCGCCUACCUCCAGAAGAAAGGCUACCCAGAGGUGGCUCUGCACUUCGUCAAGGACGAGAAGACCCGCUUCAGCCUUGCUCUGGAGUGUGGCAACAUCGAGGUGGCGCUGGAGGCUGCCAAGGCCCUGGACGAGCGCAGCUGCUGGGAGCGACUGGGAGAGGCGGCUCUGCUGCAGGGCCACCACCAGGUGGUGGAGAUGUGUUACCAGAGGACCAAGAACUUCGACAAGCUCACCUUCCUGUACCUCAUCACUGGCAACCUGGCCAAGCUGCGCAAGAUGAUGAAGAUCGCUGAGAUCAGGAAGGACAUGAGUGGUCACUACCAGGGUGCCCUGUACCUGGGGGACGUCAGCGAGAGAGUGCGCAUCCUGAAGAACUGUGGUCAGAAGUCCCUGGCCUACCUGACGGCAGCCACCCACGGCCUGGAUGAGGAAGCAGAGGGCCUGAAGGAGACCUUUGACCUUGAGAAGGAGAAUAUUCCUGAGGUGGAUGCCAAUGCCCAGCUGCUGCAGCCACCUCCCCCCAUCAACCCUCUGGACACCAACUGGCCCCUGCUCACCGUCUCUAAGGGCUUCUUUGAGGGAGCCAUCGCUGCCAAAGGUAAAGCUGGCCAGAUGGCAGCAGCAGACGUGGACGUGGAUGUGGGCGGUGGAGAGGGCUGGGGAGAGGACGCAGAGCUGCGCCUGGAUGAAGAUGGCUUUGCGGACGCCCAGGACGUGCUGGGUGAUGAGGCGGGCAUCGGGAAGGAGGAGGGAGGAGGCUGGGAGGUGGAGGAGGACCUGGACCUGCCCCCAGAGCUGGAGCUGCCGGCAGGUGCAGGGGGCGGGGCAGAUGAGGGCUUCUUCGUCCCGCCCACCAAGGGCAUGAGCCCCACGCAGAUGUGGUGCAACAACUCCCAGCUGCCAGUGGACCACGUUCUGGCAGGCUCCUUCGAGACCGCCAUGAGGCUCCUGCACGACCAGGUGGGUGUGGUGUGCUUCGAGCCCUACAAGCAGCUCUUCAUGCAGACGUUGACUCGCGGCCGCACCGCCUACCUGGGCCUGCCGUCGCUACCCUGCCUGCGCGGCCACCCGCUCCGCAACUGGAAGGACGCCGGGGCCAAGGGCGGGCUGCCCGCCGUGGGGCUGCGUCUGGCGGACCUCAUCUCACGCCUGCAGCAAUGCUACCAGCUCACCACCGCCGGACGCUUCGAGGAGGCUGUGGAGAGGUUCCGCGCCAUCCUGCUGUCCGUACCGCUGCUGGUGGUCGACAACAAGCAGGAGAUCGCAGAGGCCCAACAGCUCAUCACCAUCUGCAAAGAAUACAUUGUCGGACUCACCAUGGAAACGGAGAGGAAGAAGUUGCCAAAAGACACUCUUGACCAACAGAAGAGACUGUGCGAGAUGGCGGCGUACUUCACCCACUGCAACCUGCAGCCAGUUCACAUGGUGCUGGUACUCCGCACAGCACUCAACCUCUUCUUCAAGCUGAAAAACUUCAAAACUGCCGCAGGAUUUGCGCGCCGUCUACUUGAGUUGGGACCCAAACCAGAGGUGGCACAACAGACAAGGAAGAUUCUGGCAGCGUGUGAGAAGACUCUGACAGACGCCCACCAGCUUAGCUAUGAUCCGCACAAUCCCUUUGACCUGUGCGCUGCUUCCUACGUGCCGCUGUACCGUGGAAGACCGGUGGAGAAGUGCCCCCUCUCUGGAGCCUGCUACUGCCCCACCUUCAAGGGCCAGGUGUGCAGGGUCACACAGGUAACAGAGAUUGGAAAGGAUGUGAUCGGUCUGCGUGUAAGCCCUCUGCAGUUCCGUUAAAGGGAGCCGAGAAGGGGAAAGUGCAACAUUUGACCCAUGAGAAAAUGGGCUAAGUGGAGGUUAUGGAAGAGACGGUAAUUGGUCCGAUGAUGGAUGUUUUACCGGCACAUUUGAUUAUGUUAGAAAAAAGACGUAAUGCCUUGUAUGUCCCUAACGGCUUCCCUUCCUUUUCUGCGUCUCCUUUUACACACUUCCCAACAUUCUUGAAGCCUUUUCUGGGGCUCAUAGAGAGAGCCAAGAGGCACUGGAAGUUUUUUUGUUUUUUUUUGGUUUCGUUUUGUUUUUUUAACUGGUUUUGCAAUGUUAAAUCGUAUAUUUUCUGUCCUUGUCUGUCCAAACAUUAGCCAAUCAUCUGAUUAUUGUCCCUGGGACCGCUGUAUUUAUAUUCUAUGACAUGGCACCAGCUAUGUCGCUAGAAAACUUAAACUUUAAGUUUAAACUUAAACUUAAACUAGCAUACAAUUGCUAUUUACAUGUGGAAUUAUUUCAAAUGUGAUGUGUGCAACAACAUGAAUUGUCUUGACCAUUUGGCUUGUGAUGAACAGACAGCUUUGGGUAAGGCACUUUGUUAUGUCUUUUUUUUUUUAACAAUAAACUGGUCAUUUAAUUAUAAUGCUACUAUAAACUCACAUUACAGUACAGUUAAUGAUUACUUGCUGAAACUGCAGCAUACUUAUAUUUCCCAUGUAUGUGUUGGGUCAUGUCAACUGAGUCAAAUGCAUACUGUAUUUGCAUUAUUUCCUGUGCAGAUCUUAAAUAAUAAAUAUUUGUCCUCAA